GACACCUUGAAUCAAAUAAUUUCCAAUGAAAUGAAGACACUUCAGAGCCUUCCUGCCGCAGAACUCCACAGCAUGGCCCUACAUUUCUGCCCUCAUUAACAUCACUCAGCUCAUCUUGGAGUCUGGCCAAGGUAAAAUGAGCCUCUGGGAAGGUUUUGAGAAUGCAUCAGCAGACAAUUUGCAACAAAAUGUUCACCAGUUGGGCAAAAUCGUGAGUAAAUUUUGGCCACUGGUUGUGGAAGGCAUCGGCUCACAUGUGACUGCUCCAUCUCUGGAGGCUUUUACUGCUCUUGUUCCACUCCUGGAGAACGUGUUGACUGGCAGAGCAGACCAAAACACAUGGAACAAACUUGAACAGAUGCUGGGAACCCUGUUGUCAACCCUUGAAGGAACAGAGUUAUGGAGCAAUUUAACAUCUGUCAUCCCACAGUUUGAAAAAAUAGUAGAAACUGUAGUGAAGAACAUGCAAGCAGAGAAUGUGAUGAUACAAAGCCUUCAGAAACCCAUCCUGGACCUGAUAUUAGAAACUGUACAGUCCUCAAACAGCACUCAUGUUAAUUUGUCUGAAGUUCUGGAAAAAAUGCAGCUUGCUAUUGAAAGCACAAUCCAAGCAGCUCACCAGGCCAAUGGCACAUUGGAUUGCAGUGAAAUUCUCAAAGUAUGGGAGCCAGUAGGAGUGGCAGCAGAUUUAAGCCCUAACUUCAUGGCUAUGUGGUGCAACAUCAGUUUGCAGCCUGUUUUGGAGGCCUAUGCUUCCAUCCAGAAUGUUUACCCCCACAUGAACAUGAGUAUGAUCAUGGGGCCAACCAGUGUGAGCGACACAGCUGCAAGGAUUGUAGACGCUGUACAGUCACUCUACCAAGUCAACAUCAACCGCGUACUUGUGGUAAACCAGUUCAUCAUGAAUUUCUCCAACCAGCUCUCUAUGCUGGCAGACCACUCUUUGAGCCCUGAGGCACAGCUUUACUGGCUCAAGCAACUCCAAGUCACGCAGCUCCAAAACAGUUUGUCUUCCAUCAAAAUGCUGUCAGAUAAAUUGCUUGAUGUGGACCCCUCCUUGCGGCCUUACAUGGAAGCUCUUGUGAAAGCUCUAAACUACAUCCUGGACAACUACAAUCUUCUUCAACAGAGCGUGCCUCCCGAGGAGCUUCUCAAAGAAGCAGCAAUGAUCUUCCUGUCUUCUGCGAACAUCACCUCUCAUGAUAUCUUCUCCGUGAUGGAGGGCAAUUCAUCUGCAUCUCUUAAUGACUUGAUAACGGAAAUUAUCAGACUGGUGAUCAACAUGAAGGCAUUUGGUGAUGAGCCUAUGAUUUACCAAAUCUUGGAGCAAUAUCUGGCAUCCAAUGGCACAAGCUUGAUUGCACAGAAGGUGGCAGAGAUGUCUUCAUGGUUAAAAUCCACUGAAGCAUCAGGACUAGAUCUGUUGAGUGAGGCUCUGUCCAAAUCCUAUGACAUCCUAAAACCUAUCCUGUCUGCCCUGUCCAGGAUGAGCAUGGACAUGCAAGAAACUAUAGAACUCCUGGAAGAUCUAGCUGGAAACAUCACUAUGUUUAGACAGUUGCUAAGCUCCAGUAAUCUUCUGGGUGUCAUGGACCAACAUCCGAGUGACUCAGAAAUGACAGCCGGUUACCAGACACCUUUGGUCAGACGAAGACGCGAUGUCUCGUUAACGAUGACAAGAAACCCAAUAGAAGACUUCAUAGACCUUUACAACAUUGACUACCCAGCCAUGUUCAAAGCAAUGGCUGUCCCUCCUACAACACCAGAAAUUGUGGAGACAGCCCAUGUGUUCUUUGCCAAUCCCAAUUUGAGUGUGGUGAUGAAGGGAGCUACAAGUAACAUGCAGUGGGGCUUGAAUGCCUCUCAGGAAGAGACCAUUGAUAGUGCACUUGGGAUACUCUCCUUCCUCACUCUCCCUGAUGUGUCUGAGAAGUCAUCAAUGGAUAUCCUGAAGAAUGCAGUUGAAAUGCUUCCUGAUGCUUUACCGUACUCCUCGGUGAUUAAAAGUAUCACCACAGUGCUAGCCAAUGAAUCCCAAGCAAACCUGACGCUCAUACAGGAGAUCAUCCAAUCAGUUAGUCAGCUUUUCCGUAUCAUCCCAACUGACCCACAGUUCAAAGAAAAUCUAGACAACUUGACAUCUCAGGUUUGUACCUUGGAGGGUACAGAGUCAGUGGGCCUCCUGAUGCAGAGCCUCAACAUCAAGCCCGGUCAGCUUUGUCACACUUUCCUGCCCGCCCUGCAGAUCUUAACUGAGGGUCUGGUGAUGAACACAACCUCUCUGCUUGAUAUCGUCAAUCAGACUGUAAUUGGAGACCCCAGGAGCUACAAUGUCCACACAGACUGGACCACUGUGUUGAGUCAAACUUUGGGCUUUAACAUCAGCAGCCUGAGCUCUCUCAACGUUAACGCCACUUCUCCAGGAGUGGUGACAUUCGGUGAGAUGCUGAGGAAUGAAAAAGCCUUUGUUCAGGAUGUUCAGCAGCGCAUGGGUUUUGAUCCAACAGCUCUUCACCUCCUGAUGAACAGCACUUUACCAAACAAUAAUCUAGUGCUCCUGUCGUGGCUGAUGGACCUCCGUCACUGCAACUCCACGCCACCUGCAAACACGACCGAGACAGAUCUGAUGACACUGAAGACCUUGUGCUCUUUGUCUGCUGAACAGUGGUACACGCUGUCAGUGCUGACGACUCGUCAUGUGAACACGGAGAAAGUUGUGUACAAAAUGGUUUUGUCUGACGACAUCCAGAGUGUGGUGGGAGUCAUGCUUCGAGCGGCCGAGACUGUAACAAAGAUGAUGGACAAGAUGGAUCCUGUCAUUAACAAACUGCAAGGAUACCUGAGCAGCAUCAAAAACCUCAACCUGGCUGCCAACAACGAAUUUAGCAAUAUGGAAAGAGGACAGAGAGCCACUAUUUCCAGCCAAGCUACUUUCGUUACGCUUUCUCGAGCAUUGUGCAGCAACGGUAUCAUGGCUCUGUUUGGAAUCUCCAAAGUCCCCGCCGCAUUGGAGUCACACCCUUCCCUUUCCAACAACCCACAGAAGGAGGAGAUGAUUGAGAGGUUCAAGUUACCGCGAAAUGCCACUCCUUUCUGUAUGAACAUGUACCUGGACAUGGUUAAUACCACAGGUGGAGCUAUUGCCUGGGCCUUCCUCAAACCAAUGCUGAUGGGUCAAAUCCUGUACACACCUGACACACCCACCACCAGGGCCAUAAUAGAGAAGGCCAAUACCACCUUGCAGGAUUUUGCAAAUCUAAGGAAAUAUUCAGAAGACUGGAUAAAAUCCUCCACUUACCUCUUUGACUCUGCCCACAAACUCGAAAAGACUUUGCCAAUGCUGCAGAAUUCCCUUGGCAAUCCCUUUGUGAAGAACUUCAUUGAGAUGCAGACAGGCAUCAAUAUAGGCAGACUGGAGGAGACGCUCAACAACUUCUCGAACAUGACGAUGAUGCUGGAGAAGAACCAAGAGGUACUGAAUCAUAUCACCGCCUUGUCCACCUUGAUGGUUGACAUCACUUCCUGUAUCAAGUUUGACCGAUACCGUGGCUUUGACUCUGCUGACGAGCUCAACAGUGCAGCACAGGAACUUGCCAAAGACCGGAAUCUCUAUGCAAGUGUGAUCUUCAAGCUUCCCAAUAAUACAGAUUCUUCCAGAAACAAGCGUGAGGCCACAUCCUCCACAUCCUCUCUGCCUCCCAAAGUCAGCUACACUAUCCGCAUGCAUAUGGACAAUGUAAUGCGUACUGACAGAGUCCGGAACCCUUACUUUGUCAAGGACACACACAUCUCAGCCAGGAACACAAUGCGGUACAACCGGGGAUUCAUCUACCUACAGGAGAGCAUUGAUCGAGCUAUCAUUGAGGCACAGACUGGACAGAAAGUCACAGACACAGCCGUACAGCUGCAGCCAUUCCCCUAUCCAUGCUAUCAACGGGAUGAGUAUUUGGAGGCCAUCUCUUUUGUCUUCCCUCUCAUGCUGAUGGUAGCCUGGGUUUUGUUUAUUGCUGAUUUCGUGAAGAAACUUGUACAUGAGAGAGAAUUGAGGCUGCAUGAGUACAUGAAAAUGAUGGGAGUCAACACGCUCAGUCACUUCUUUGCCUGGUUUGUCGAGUGUGCCACCUACCUGCUGACGACCAUCAUCAUCAUGACACUGGUGCUGAAGUAUGGCAAAAUCCUGCCCAACAGUGACAGCUUCCUCAUUUUCCUGUACCUGUGUGACUACGGCUUGAGCAUCAUAGCCUUCAGUUAUCUGGUCAGCUCCUUCUUUGACAAAACCUACAUCGCUGGCCUGAGUGGCAGCCUCCUUUACAUCCUCUGCUUCUUCCCCUUCAUUGUCGUCAGUGCACUGGAGGGCAGUCUAACAUUCUUCCAGAAGAGCGCCCUGGGUUUGCUUUCUCCGACCUGUUUCAGUUAUGCCAGUCAAUAUGCGUCUCGCUACGAGGCCCAAGGAGAAGGAAUGCAAUGGAGCAACUCAUACACCUCGCCCCUUGCUGGAGACACAGGCUCGUUUGGUUGGCUGUGCUGGCUGAUGCUCAUCGAUUCCAUCAUUUACUUCAUCAUCGGGGCUUACAUCCGCACAGUAUUUCCAGGGCAAUAUGGCAUCGCUGCCCCGUGGUACUUCCCCUUCAAACCAUCAUUCUGGGCUGACCUGUGUUGUAUUCAGUCAAAGAACAAUGCAGCCAAAGGACGUCUCUUCACGAACAUCAUGCAGAAUAACCAGCCUUCCUUCAGCAAUGACAAGGGAAAAGGCAAGAGUGCUCUUUCCACCAAGGCUGGGGAAGACUUCUCAGAGCUCCCAGUUGGCGUUGCCCUCCACGGUCUCACCAAGACCUAUGGUGACCAAGUGGCCAUUGAAAACCUUAAUGUUUCCUUCUAUGAAGGCCAUGUCACCUCUCUGCUAGGUCACAAUGGAGCUGGAAAGACCACCACCAUGUCUCUUCUCACUGGCCUUUAUGCCCCAUCUUCGGGGGCCAUAGAGGUUUACGGCAAAGACAUGCAGACAAACAUCGACAGAGUUCGCAAGGAGCUUGGAGUCUGCAUGCAAUAUGAUGUCCUGUUUGAUCACAUGACCACCAAGGAGCACCUGCUGCUGUAUGGACAGAUCAAGGCCCCACACUGGUCACGCAGAGAACUACGCGAGCAAGUCCGCACGAUCCUAGAGGACACAGGGAUGUAUGCUCACAGACACAAGCGGGUGGGCACCCUAUCAGGCGGCAUGAAGCGCAAGCUGUCAAUCUCCAUCGCCUUCAUAGGGGGCUCUCGCUUGGUGGUUCUGGAUGAACCCACUACAGGAGUCGAUCCCUGCUCCAGGCGCAGCAUCUGGGACAUUGUGAUCCAGCAUAAAAAAAACCGCACCAUCAUCAUGUCCACCCACCACCUGGAUGAAGCCGAAGUGUUGAGUGACCGCAUUGCGUUCCUGGAGAAGGGAGGAUUAAAAUGCUGUGGAUCCCCCUUCUACUUGAAAGACAAACUAGGUCAAGGCUACAAGCUCACCCUCACCAAGAAGAUGCGAAACACAGAAGGUGGACGGAUUGACAGUGCUGAACUUAAAGCCUUUGUCCAAGCCCAUGUACCUCUAGCACGACUGAAAGAAGCCCAGGGCAAUGACUUGGUCUUCUCACUGCCACCCUUCAACUCAUCCAACGCCUCUUCAUACCGCUCUCUCCUUACUGCACUGGACUCCAACCUAAAUGCUCUACAACUGGGGGGCUACGGUAUCUCUGACACCACACUAGAGGAGGUAUUCCUCCAACUGACACAAGGACACAGAGAUGCUGGACCUGAGGAUGACCUCAUGUCCAUAUCAGAGACGGUUUCCGACACUAUAUCCAUCGACAGCUUCUCUUCAGACAGCAGUGAAAGUGGCGCGAGCUUCGGUGACAAGAUCAAGCUUACCAGUUCAUCCACAGUGACCGGCCUGGCUCUGGCCUGGCAGCAAAUGUCAGCCAUCCUGAUCAAGAGGUUCCACCACAGCCGCAGAGACUGGAAGGGCCUGCUCUCCCAAAUCGUGCUUCCUGUUCUGUUUGUGGUGUGUGCUAUGGGCCUGGGGUCUAUCAAAAAUGACGUGCAGCACUAUCCCGAGCUGCAGCUCAGCCCAGCGCUCUACAACAUCGGACCAAGCUAUUCUUUCUUCAGCAGCCAGGAUCCCAACUCCAGCCGUCUGGCAGACACUAUGACGUCAUUCCCUGGGAUGGAUAAUUCCUGCUUCGACAAGCCCGAUAACCUCAUCUGCACAAGAAACACAAACAAGUGGAGCUCCAGAGGAAAUAGCUCUAAAGGAUUUAGUGUCUGCAAAUGCACUCAGCAAGAACAGAUUUGCGACAAAGACAACUACCAGCCCCCCCACAGGAUAAUUCCCUCAUCUCAGAUUGUUUAUAAUCUGAGUGGCAUCAACGUGGAGACCUACCUAGUAGCGACAGCCAAUGACUUCAUAAGGAACAGGUAUGGGGGUUUUGCUUUUGGCAUGCCGCUCCCAGCAGACUUAAAAAUGGACAUCACAGCAGUGCCUGGAAACCGUACGCUGUCCAAGGUUUGGUUCAACCCUGAGGGUCACCACACAAUGCCAGCAUACUUAAACAGCCUCAACAACCUCAUCCUACGCUCCAAUCUGCCAGCAGACAAAGAUCCACGCACAUACGGCAUUUCAGUUUACAGCCAACCCUAUUUUGGCCGGGUGGAUGAUGAAGACACAAUUGUCCAAGGAUUGCUCCACAUCCUUGUGGCUAUGUGCGUGCUCACAGGUUUUUCAAUCACAACAGCCAGUUUUGCCAUCUAUGAAGUCACUGAGCACCGAACAGGGUCCAAGAGGCUUCAGCACAUCUCUGGCAUUAGCGAGCCCUUCUACUGGACUGUAAACUUCCUCUAUGACAUGAUCAUCUAUUUGCUCCCUGUUGCUGCAACCAUUGCAGUGAUCGCUGCCUUCCAGAUUCCAGCAUUUACAGAUCACCAAAAUUUGGCUGCCAUCACUGUCCUGCUAGUUUUAUUUGGGUUUUCUACAUUCCCAUGGAUGUAUCUGUUAGCGGGUGUCUUCAGGGAUGCAGAAAUGGCCUUUAUCAGCUAUGUGUGCAUCAACCUCUUCAUCAGUGUCAACACCAUCUCGAGCACCUUCAUCCUUUACCUUCUGGGUCAAAUAUCAAUGCGUAACCCUGAGGAAAUCCAGAAAAUCUUUCACAAGCUUAGCAACGCCUUCCUCAUCUUCCCCCAGUUCAACUUUGGGAACGGGCUGAUGGAGCUGACCAGAAAUGACAUACAGGUCCAAAUUUUAAGUGGGUAUGGAAUUGAUGCCUAUAAGAACCCAUUCUCCCUAGAUGGCCUGGGAUGGAUGUUCAUCUCCGCCAUCAUCCAAGGCGUGGUUUUCUUCAGCCUGCGCCUCUUGCUCAACAGGUCUCUAAUACGCAAAGUCAGGCGUCUAAUUUGCCACAGCAAGACUGUGCCCCAGGUGGCUUGUGAUGAUGAGGAUGAGGAUGAGGAUGUGGCAGCUGAGCAUCUCCGGGUCUCCGGUGGAGCAGCCAACUCAGACAUACUGCAAGUCAGCCGCCUCACUAAGGUCUAUCAGCACUUCACUAAGAAGGUCCCUGCUGUCAAGAAGCUGUCUGUGGGCGUCCCUGCGGGAGAGUGCUUUGGCUUGCUGGGAGUGAACGGAGCAGGAAAAACUACCACCUUCAAGAUGCUGACUGGAGACAUUAGCCCUACUGAUGGCACUGCACAAAUCAGGGACUGCGAUGGACGGUUGGUAGACAUCAUGGAGUGCCGGAAACAGGGAAUUAACAUCGGCUACUGUCCCCAGGUGGAUGCACUGGACGAUCUGCUCACUGGAGAGGAGCAUUUGUACUUUUAUGCUCGCAUACGCGGCAUCUCAAAGAGGGAGACAGACAGGCUUGUGAACUACCUACUGAAGAGGCUGCAGCUCAACUACCACAGGAACAUCAUUACUGACGGUUACAGUUGUGGCACCCGCAGGAAGCUCUCUACUGCGCUGGCUCUCAUUGGGCAUCCACAAAUCCUGCUCCUGGAUGAACCAAGCUCUGGCAUGGACCCUCGCACUAAGCGUCACCUAUGGAAAAUCAUCUCUGAGGAAGUGAAAGGAAAAUGUGCUGUGGUUCUCACAUCCCACAGCAUGGAGGAAUGUGAGGCACUGUGCAGCCGUCUUGCCAUCAUGGUGAAAGGUCAGUUCCGAUGCCUGGGCUCCCUGCAGCACAUUAAGAACAGGUUUGGCAGUGGGUUCACUGUGAAGAUGUACUUGGCCGAGGCCUCCUGUGACGUAGAGAAAAUCACUAGCUUCAUGCAGUGCAGAUUCCCCAGCACUUACCUCAAGGACCAGCACUCCGCUGUGGUGGAGUACCACGUCCCAUUUGCUCCUGGAGGUUUGGCUGACAUCUUUGACCAGCUGGAGUCCAACAAGAAUGCGCUGCAGAUCAGACACUUCUCUGUGAGCCAGACCACACUGGAUGAGGUCUUCAUCAAUUUUGCCAUGGGGAAAAUCGGCAUGGAUUCCAUACCAAUUGACAGUGAAGAUGAAUGUGAUAGUCUGGACUCAAUCAAGGAAGUACAAACAUAGAGCUGGCUGCUUCCUUUUCUUUGACUUUCUGUCCACUGUAAAACACAGUGUCCACUUACACUAAAUCAGACCUUAGUGAAAAAAUGUGACUUCGAUAAAAGUGUGAUUUUUUUUUUUCUUUUUUUAUGAAUAUUGAUUUAUUUUUUUAAGUCUGUUGACUGUUGAUAUGAAGGUUAAAUUUGUCUUACCAAAUCAAACUGUCACAAGACUGCAUAAGAACACAUAAACAUCUGCAUACAUGCACAGGUGUAGUGACUAAUUACUCAUUUGUUUAUUUACUACAUGAUUCUAUUGUUCAUCUUAAAUUAUUCAGAUCAGAUUCAUGAAGGUUGAACUUAUUUAUGUAGUCUUUUAAUUUCUCUCUGUGGCUGGGAUGCUUUUUACCACUAGAAUAUUAUACUAUAGAUAAUCAUCCCUAUACACCAUCAUAAGGCACUAACUCAAUAAAUAUAUAACAUGAAUAAAGUUAAGUAUUUUUAUGUGAACUACAUCUAAUUUUGCUCUCUAGAUGAAAUUUGAUAAAAGAAAAUAUUCACACUCAGAGCUUAAUAUGCACUUUCCCCCUCGCUCAUUAACACGUUCUCUAAGGGCAUAUCUAACUUUUGGAAUGAUUGUACUGAAUAUUUAAUAGACUUUUCUGCCUAUGGACCUGCUUCAUGUGGUCAUAACUGCAUCAAGCCUAUUUUUAUAAUUUAAUAAAG